UUUUAGGGGCCUGCAAGAAACGAAAACGAAGCAUGUAGGUUAGCUUAUUUGCUACGUUUUCAACCUAUUUACAGUACAUCCGAAGCAGGUGCAGCUUAACUAUAUGAGAAAUAAAUAAUCCGUUUUUAAUCGAUCUUGCAGAUGUGAGUCUCAGAAUGCAGCUGUCGAGUGCGAACCUUGCUAAGGGAUCGUCUUAAAAUGUGUGCAAGGAAAUAAACGUUGAGGUGCGUAACUCGGCAGCAGACUUCAGUGAAACCGGAGGGAUGCCUGCAGCAGAGAGCAACCAUGCACUGCGUGUCCUGUCCUCCCUGAACCAGCAGAGGGCAGUAGGGAGGUUUUGUGAUGCGGUGUUAAAUGUAGGAGACAGGGUGGUCCACUUGGCCCAUCGCAACAUCCUUGCCUGUUUCAGUGAACUGUUCCAACAGUCCAACAUGCCCACUGCACCGUGCACGGAAUUCUGCCUGCAGGAGUGUCCCACUGACGGUCUGGAGCUGCUCCUGAACUUUGUCUACACCGGAGAACUGAAGUUGGAUCCGGACAACCUCGAGAAGGUGCAGCAUGCAGCGGCCAGCCUCUGUGUGCCAGAAGCACUCACACUCUGUAAUCAGUUCAAGGAAACUUCUGUGGAUCCUGUGCCUCUGAAGCGCAAAAGGGGCAGACCUAGAAAGUCUACAUCAGACACAACCCCUUAUUCUUCAGUCAAAGAAGAGAACUUGCUUACAAUCACAAAAGAUGAGUGCAGCCUUGAUACUGCCACUGCCAAUUGUAGCAUGGCCGCCACUACCACCACCACCCGCUCUGGUCGUGUAGUGAAGGGCCCCAGGCGACUGGUGACUGUCGAGGGCCCCACCACAGAUUUUACAGCCCCAGAAAAAGUCAGCAAGAAGGCUCUGCUUAUACCCAUUGAGACAGAAAGUGGUGAUGAUGUUGAGGGGAACCGAAACCCAGAUCAUCCAACUGGUGAAACCGAGAUAACUGACUUGCAGAUUGACAUAAAUGAUAACGGUGUCAGCCAGGUAUUGGAGGAAGAAGAAGAAGAAGAGGACGAUGUGGGGGAUUUUGAGGGGAUCCCUGAAGACACCGAUGAGGAGUAUGUGCCUGUUGAAGAGCCCCUUUCCUCAGCCCCGUCAACAUCAAAGGCACGGAAGUGCAAAGUCCAGAGUAAAAUGGACCAAAACAAGAACAGUGAGGCUAUGGAAGAAGACUCCAAGAAGGAUUCUGUGCAGUGUCCCAUCUGUGACAAAUCCUUCAAGAGCAAAUACUAUCUCAAAGUCCACAACAGGCGGCAUACAGGGGAGAGGCCCUUUGGCUGCCUUAAGUGUGGAAAGAGGUACUUCAGGAAGGAGAAUCUUUUGCUCCAUGAGAUCAGAGACUGUGCUAAAGUACAGACGUACACCUGUGUGACAUGCUCCUCAACGUUUAACGGAAAAGAAGCGCUACGUUUGCACGUUGUGUCCCACACAGGGAAUAUGCCCCACAAGUGUUCAAUAUGUCCUGAACAGUUUAUGCACAAGAAAAACUUGACAAUUCACAUGAUGAAGGUCCAUGGUUAUCCCAAACCACAUCCAUGUCCGCAGUGUCCUAAAACAUUCUUAACUCGGUCAGAGCUGCGUGUGCACGAAGCAGCCAAACAUCGAGGCGAAAAGCCGUUUGUGUGCGAGGAGUGUGGCCAUCGAGCCUCUAGUCGAAACGGCCUGCAGAUGCAUAUUAAAGCCAUCCACAGAAAUGAGCGCCCUUUUGUAUGUAACAUAUGUGGCCAUGCGUUCUCCCAGAAGAACAACCUAAACAUGCAUCUGCGUAUACACAGUGGUGAGAGGCCCUACCAAUGUCACCUCUGUGGCAAAACCUUCAGGACGCAAGCCAGUCUAGAUAAACACCACCGGACCCACACUGGUGAGCGUCCUUUUAGCUGUGAUGUUUGUGAGCAGCGCUUCACAGAGAAAGGAGCCCUCAUCCGCCACAAGGCCAGCAAACACGAGGAGGGCCGCCCCCACUGUUGUCACAUCUGUGGCAAAACCUUCAAAGCGAGGGAGCAACUUCGUGUUCACCUGCGUCGCCAUAAGGGCAUGAGGAAGUUUGAGUGCAUCGACUGCGGCUACAAGUUUACUCGACAGGCACACUUGCGACGACACAUUCAAAUCCACAAACGCACGGAGAACUACAACCCCCGGCAGAGAAAACUAAGGAACGUUAUAGUGCAGGAAGUGGACGGCGAGAGUCCUGGUGAGAACGAAGCAACGAAGGAAGUGCAGGACGCAUUGAUCGCCGAGGAGACCACUGACGAACAGGAAUCUACAAACGCAGAGCCUGACUCGGGGACAGGCCUCACUUCUAGUUGCAUAGUGGGGGUGAUGAUUGAGUCGAGCAGCGUGGUAAUGGAGGCCGUGGUGUCCAACCAGAACCUGGGACAUGUCGAGGCGGCAGAGAGUUUCUCUGUGCCAGACGUCUUGCAGCAAACACAGCUGGUCACUGAGGCGUACGAGUCCACGAUGGACAUGGAGGAAAUGGUUGAGAAUAUACCAGAGACUAAGACCUGAAGGACCAGAGACUGUGUGUGUGUGUGCAACCCACUCAGAGUGGACGUUACUGUGAAGACCACUUCCUGAAUGAGAAGCACCUACAUGUGAUGAAAAGACAUUUGGCCUUACAGUUCCAAAGAUGACACUGCAACAUAGUCAGCUACUGUUGACUUUCCAGCCAUGAAAGAGAAGAAGAGCAGCAAGUCAUUCUCAUGCUUUUAGUAGUUAACUGUAAAUGAACCGCAUGCGUGUGAAGGAUACAUGAAUGUGAAACCAUGCUUUUGCAGCUAGACUCUGGAAAAUCUAAUAAACUAUCCUUGGUGCAGCAUAUUUUGGGAAAUUGUCUUUCACGAUGAGAAGAUUGCUACCACUCACAUAUCUGUUCUUUAAAUAUAAUGUUCACACUACGAGUGACAAAAGCAGCAAAACGUUCCAAGCCUUAAUUGGAAUGAAGACUUUACACAAAUUAUGAUUUUAUUUGUUAAAAUAUACAGUAUAUAUAAUGUAUAACCUUUAUAAGUGUACGCAUUAGCUUCCUCUUGCUAUUUAUAAAACUCUUUUCACACUCUGCUGCAACCAUUGUCCACUGCUUACAAGAAAUUCAUGAGCAGCCCGCUAAGAGCUCAUCAAAUGUGACUCCAGCCUGCAGUUUAAUUUAUGGUAACCACACUGUAAACAUUUUACAAACACAGUACGUGAGGUUACAAAAUCGAUUCAACACCACAAACUUGUAUGAAAACUAAGACAACGAUAAAAACGAUGCAUAAACAAUACCAUACAAACAUUAAAGCUAAAAUACAUAACAAAUUGAGAUUCUUUCGCACUUCCAGUUACUGGCGACCCAUCACCCACAUUUAUGAAGAGUUACUUUUCUUAAUGCAACUGAAAGGCGGGAACCUCGUAAGCAACCACAGCACAAAUAUAUCCUUAAAUAAACAUGAAAAACAUUAAAAUGUCCG